AGUCCCGCCUCCUCUAUAGCACCUCCCCAGUAAACGGGGGCGUCGCCCCUCAGUCAGGCGUGCGGUAGCUGCUCGGACGGUACCACAAUUUCUGCUCCGUCCUGCUCAUAUUCAUUCUGUGAUUCGAGGUGUAGUGCGGUGUGUAUUGGCUCUCGGGUUGUAUCGAGUGUUGUUGGCGAGGCGCAAGUCGGCUCACCUCGCUGUAAUAGAGUUGUAGCCAGCCAUUAUUAGACAUUUAAGCCGAAAAAACUAAAGUCCUUGUCACGCCCUUUCUAGCCAAAUACUUUGAUAUCUCUUUCUAGCAUCUCUGGGGUAACGUCCAGUGCCAGUAGCAUAGUCUUGGCUGUGAUAUUAGGGAGUGGUAGCAGGUGGUUAGUCUUCAUGAUGACUACCCAAAGUGGUUGGUGAGGAGCCCUGACCUGAACCUUGCCCCAGGGAAGAGGUUUAUAUAUACUUCAGGAGGAUGGUUAGUGGCAGGGUGCGAGGUGGGAGUGCUGGAGUGGCCAGGCUGCUCGACUUAUCAACCAUCAUUGAUUGUGUGUGUGGUUGGUGGUGGCUUGAUCAAUACCCGCCUAUCACUACUACCUCCUGCUGCCCCCUUCCUUAAGCUUGCUUCUGGGUACGUGGCUAGGCUUUCGCUGGCUUGUGGGCUGCCAGUCCCUGCCUGCCACAUUUCCAACUCCCGGCCCAAGACACUCGGGUUAAGAAAGACUAUUAGAACUGUUACCGGCAGUGCCAAGGCCAAGGUCAAGACAUCAAGAACUUGCCGCUGAUGACCUGGGUCAGCCUACGUCGCAACUAUGUCUAAGGCUAUUAACUCCUACCGAAUUAAGAAGAUAGAGAGCAUCGGGAGGAUGACAGCGUUGACCCAGGAGGAGGUGGCUUCCCACACGCGGACUGUGGUGCAGGGACUAGAAGCGCUUAGGAAUGAACACAAUUCCAUCCUCAGUGGAAUAAAUACUACACUGUCCUCUUCACAUCAUCCGCCAGAUUCCAAUGUCAUCUCUGAAAAAGCAGGCAUUCUCCAGAAGUCCCUUGACCAGAUUGAACUGGGGCUCUCAGAGGCUCAGAUCAUGCUGGCGUUGGCCUCACAUUUGCAGACUGUUGAGGCAGAAAAACAGAAGUUGCGAGCUCAAGUACGACGACUUUGCCAGGAGAAUGCUUGGCUGAGGGACGAGUUAGCCUCCACCCAGCAGAAGCUCCAGGCCUCUGAACAACAUGUAGCACAGCUGGAAGAAGACAAAAAGCACUUAGAAUUUAUGUCUACCAUUAAGAAAUACGACGCAGAUGUGCAAGAUUCAGAAUCAUCUAUGGAAGAGAAAAAGGACAAGAGCGAUGACCCAGUUGUGGAUUUGUUCCCUGAUGAUGAUUCAGAUGACAGGGGUGGUUUAAAGAGAAGCGGGGAUUUUGGUUCUCAGGCGUCAUUGGCUGCAAUGUCUCCAACACCACCAUCCCAGUUUGCACAACAGGUGAAUGCUGGUUAUGAAAUUCCUGCUCGUCUACGAACCUUGCACAAUCUAGUGAUCCAGUAUGCCUCCCAGGGCAGGUAUGAAGUAGCUGUUCCUCUGUGCAAGCAGGCUCUGGAAGAUCUUGAAAAAACAUCUGGUCAUGAUCAUCCAGAUGUGGCCACCAUGCUCAAUAUUUUGGCUCUUGUUUAUAGGGACCAGAACAAGUAUAAGGAGGCCGCCAACCUCUUGAAUGAUGCACUUGCAAUUCGAGAGAAGACACUAGGUGAAAAUCAUCCUGCAGUUGCUGCCACUCUCAAUAACCUAGCAGUCUUGUAUGGUAAAAGAGGAAAGUACAAGGAAGCGGAGCCACUGUGUAAACGUGCAUUGGAAAUACGUGAAAAAGUGUUGGGUCGUGACCAUCCUGAUGUAGCAAAGCAGCUCAAUAACUUGGCCUUGCUCUGUCAGAACCAGGCCGUCAAUCUGGUCAAGGAUGGGAUGACACCAGACAGCAGCCGACGACUUUCUGCUUCAAAGGACAGACUCCGAAGGGGUUCACGAGAGUCCCUGAACUCCGCUGAGUUUGAUGCCAACGAUGAUCCCCCAAACUUCCCUUCCCCCAUGGGGUCUACUACUUCACAAAGAUCGCAAGACGACGCACGCCACACCGUCUCUACAGAUUCCCCUAGCUCUACGUGGUCGAGCAGUCAGUUCUGAACACCUUUCCUGACCAGCUGCUUCUGCCAUGGCCGGCCUUUGGUAGAGACUACCCCAGUGCUUGCUGUUCCUCUGCCUUCUCUCCAUGAUCACUGAUAGUGAAGCCUGUUCCAAGAAUUUUCAGAAACAUGCUUACCAUGCACUCGUUCAAAUUGCCGCCUGUUCAGCACCUUCUACUCUGCGUUAACAUAAUUUGCUACCCACAACAGCAGCUUUAGUUUCCCACCAUUAAAAUUUAGGCUGAAUAUUUUCAAUUUAAGGAUAAUUUUUGUGAGCAAUAUAGGUAAUUCCUUGUCAUCUACUAAACAGUUAACUGCUCUUUCAUCUUUGGACACCAAUCCAUGAAAAUUUUUACAAAAAUUAACAAAUCAAUAAUUUAAUGUAAAACUAUGAAAUAAACACAGGUAACACUAGUGUUUUGCUGAGACAGAUUUUGUGGAAGCUCAAUGGACUGAAUUUAUAAAUCUUUUAAAAUUUAUUAUGCUAUUUAUUUGGUGUGUGUGUGUGUGUGUAUGCAAAGUAAAUAAAUAAACAAACAUACACGUGUAUAUAUGAUAAAACUUGGUAAAAUAAUCAUAUUUUAGUUGGGCCCCAUCUCUUUCUAGUGUCUGUUUCCCCAUUUCACAACUAUUAGAGUAUGAUACAAUUUCAUUAUGUGCAGGUACAUAACAUCUUCAUUUUGGUGAACAUAGGCUUACAAUAUAUUGUAGAUAUUAAUUACUGAUGAGGUUUUGUGUGUGUGCUAUCAGUGGCAGUGGGGAUUAUGGGUCUUCUAAAAACGUUAUAGCACUUUAUUUUGCCGUACCUUAAACAGCAGCAGCAGUGUGGUAGGUUCAGUGAGGACAGGUUGUAAACAUCAUGGGAAACAUUAAGCCUCAAGUGAUAAGUUCAUCUACAUAAGUUAUCUUGCUAGUAGCAGGUGGCAGCUUGGUCUUCCAGUGUAAACAAGAACAGAAAUUUAGAGAAACUUCCUUAAUUCUGUGAGAUAUGCAUGGGUUAGGUAACAAAUAUGUACGUAGGUUGUUAAGAUCAGAUCUCUCUGGAAUAAAUUUUGGAAAGUUUAAGCAUAGUGUAGAAUGUGGGUGUCUUGUUGUGUAGUGAGAAUACUGACACUGCAAUGUUUGGAUGCCUAAGCUGCAUUUACAAUCCAUUGACUGGUAUAGUGUAGUUACCAGGAACAUUAACUACAUAUUGUGCUAUAGUAUGCAUAUAGUUUUCAAGGCCUCAUCUUAGCAUGUUUCAGAAGUAAUCAUCUUGACCCCUGGCAGUAAUUUUAACCAGUCUACAUUCUAUCAUAAUUAUAUUGCAGUUCAUUUUGAUUUCUUGCACAUGUAUAGCCACAAAAUGGUCAAGCUAUUCCGUUUUGUAAUUUAUUGAACUCAACUGCUAUCUUUUGAGCGAGAGGUGUGCAUGUGAAAAAGAAUUUAUAUUUAAUAUAAAUCUUGCGAUUCAGUGUUUCUGUACCGGGAGAGCGGAAAUAUAUUGUAAUUUUCAAAUACAGUAAUCAUUGUGCUGCUGUUGACCAAGGAAAUGAUAUUGCAUUCCAGGAUGAUCUUGAUAGAUAUCUAGUCUUUUAUUUAUGUCAUAUUUAUGCAUUUGUUUCAAGUUGGUUAAUUUGACAGCUGGUGUGCUGAUCAGAAUUAAUAUAAUCUGUAAAUUUUUGUGAUGUUAUACUAUGUAAUAAAGGUAAUUUAAUUUUCUGUACAAAAAAAUAAUUAACUAAAUAAUUUGUAAAGGUAAUGCCAUUUUAUUCUGUCAGUUAUAUUUGGUGAAACUUGGACUGUAUGCAUUAUAACUACUAACAAAAAACUUAUGCAUGUCCUGUGAUAUCUGGAGUUAUUGUUUCCAGUGAAGCUGUGACUCUAGUAAACCUGGUAUAUGUGAUCUGGUAUCAGUGUUGAUAAUAAUCAUAAUAAUCAGUUAUUUGGAAAUAUUGUCUCAAAGAUUACUUUAAGAAAUAUAAAUUUCCUGGGACAAUAAGAGCCUUUAACAAGCUCAGUGAGAAAAGUCAUGCUGUGCUGUCAGUAUCACUAAUCGGCUGUGUUGUGCACACGUGGUUGUGGUACGGGAAUCUUCAGUCUCUUGCAUCUGAUAUAGAAGCUGUAAAGGUUCCAACAUCUCAGCUGUCUGAAUGUUCACAACUUAAAUUUUUGUUAGCUUCAUGUCUGCUUUUGUCUGUGCAUUCCCACAGUGACACAGCAACCAGUGUAGAAAAGUUAUCAAUAAACAACUUGAUGGCUUAA